UGCCUGCGAGUUUUUCUCCCGGCUUUUUGCCUUUUAAUUACAUCCUCAACACAUUUCCUUGUCUUUCCGGAAAGACACGGAUUUUUGGAUAAAUUGAGGAAUAAAAUCCUUGUUAAGGGAGAAUUCGUGGAGCUUAUAAUCCCGUAUAAAGAUCGGUUACCGGCUCUGUCAGCUGUACAGGACAUGCCCUCUACCAAACAGGCAGAAAAAGAUCGCUUGAUCAACGAACUUCCGAAGGUAAGAGAGUCAUUCAAUUCCACUUGCUGCCACGCAGCAUGAUAAAGGUUUUAAGAUGCGUUUGUUAUGGUUUGAGUUAUAAAUGAAGAAAGUUGCAACAGUGGUGAAAGCAAGCUAGGCAAGGAAAUGCCCAACUAUUUUUAACUAUUUUUAAGAUCUAUAUUAUCUGUUAAAUGAUCUACAUCACAGUUUAUAUUCAAUUUGUUGCUACUCUUACCUCACAGUUAAAUAUCAGGAAUUUUGCUUCACAUUUAUGGUAAAUUCAAUUGUUUAUGGUUCUUUCAUGGGGGCCAUUUAAAAUUUACAGAUGUCCACUGAAGUUUAUUUUUCUGUAAUUAAUUUUAUAUUGAAAUAAACACCAGUCUGCAUAGCAUUUGCACUUAAGUUUUAUUUUCCUUUGGUUAAGCUUUCCUUACAACCCCAUUCAUUAAUUAUGCACGUAGCGAUUACAUACUGUUUCACACAAUUAACAGUUACACAAAUAGAGUUGAAAAAUUUAUGCAUAAUAAAUGUAUCGGGCUGUACGAAAAUCUUACCUUUUCUGUCUUUUCUCAGUUUUAACAUGCCUAUUGUGUAUGCCAAAAUUUUGCCAUUACUUGCAGCUCAAACCCUAUUAGGAUGGCACUAAACAACUAUAGUAUUUAGUGAUAUAGCAGUCUAACAACUCAGUUACACCCACUGAGCACAUGGAACAAAAAUACCUCUGCAACGAGUGCAGAUAAUUCUCUUUAAGUUCUACCGUGAAUAGAAUAUGAAGGAGGAAAACUAACACUCCAAGUCCCAAUUGUUUAAAGGUUGAAUAGGGACACCUACCCAAAACAUUACAUUUGCAUAGGGCCUGUAAGAUGUGUAUUUAAGAUCAAUGUAACAGCUCUUUGAAAAUCAAAAGUAUUCACUAAUUUUGAGGUUUGCAGGGAAAUGUGAUGUUUGGGGGUGGGGCAUGGGACCUCCUAGUAUUGUUAUACGUACUAUUUCAAUAGAAGCACUGAUUAUUGGAGUGAAGCACUGAGUGUUUUAUAGAUCUGAGCAUACCAUCCUGCAUACACAUGUAUUACAUGAAUAACUUUAUCCAAUGUCUUUAAAUGGGCAGGCUUGAAAGCAUCUGUCCUAUUUACCUGUACAAAGUACAUAUUGUACUGUAAUAUGUUUGAUCAAAUUCAAUUUUAACCUGUUGAUUAAGGGUGGCUUAUCUUUUCCUUGAUGUAGUUCUAUACAGCAGAUGCAGCACCAAGACAGGCUCUUCAUUUUCAUUCAAAAGUUAGGGAUGCAUGCUCCACAGGAAACACUGGAAAUAUAUCGUAAGUCUACCCUUAAAGAGGAACAGAAUUUUUUUUACAUGAGUUCAUAUACAAUCUUGAGGUUGUUUAAUACUGAGUCACAGAAUGGUAGUGAAAAUAUUAUUGAAAUGUUAUCUGUAAAUGAGUGGAAAUAUUAGUGUUAUUAAUAACACUAUUCAUGCAAAGAUCUUCCUUUUCCAAUUCAAUCAUCACUCUUUUUGCUUCUUUUGAUUUUCAAGUUUUCAUUGGCCAGUUAAUUCAUAAUGGUGUCUAACAAUAACUACCAUAUCAUAAGAAAGUUCUUUGAAUAGAUUGUCUACUCUGGAAAGGCUUUAUGUACUGUACUUAACUUUGUGCUAUCAUAGAGUCAGCUCUGGACAUCCCAUACACACAGUUUCUUUGAAUACCUUAUUGGCACUUUAUUCUAAGGGUCUUUAAUGUUGUGAUUGUAAAAAAAAAUUGAGAAAUUAAAGACCCGCGAAAAUAAAUCCUUGUGAAGAAGACUUGGUUUAUAUACGUUUCUGAAUGUGAGUUAUAAACUAUCCUUAGUGCCCGCUCUUGAAUUCUUUCAACCUUUCUUGUAUCCGACGCCUUACAGAAAUGCCAUGUGGGAUGACAAUAGGUGAGAUAUGGCAUGAUAGCAGUUUUAUGAAAUAAUAGUUUAGUCUCCUUAGUAAUUAAGUUUAGUCUCCAUAGUAAUUAAGUCUUAUCACUUAAAUGCAAUUUGCAGGUAAUUACAUUUAUAAUAAUUUGUGAAACUGUAUAUUACUAUUCUUAUUAUGAUUAAUCGUAAAAUGUAUUCAAAAUUUCUAUACAACUGCAGCAAAUCCACACAGCGAUGAUGGUGUUGAAGGGUUUCUUCUUUUUUGUCCUUUUUACCACUAAUAGACUGAAGGUGGCCAAAUCAAUCAUUGUUGGUGACAGUGGCGUUGGAAAAACAUGUCUAGUGAACAGGUUGGUCUAUGAAUUCAGCUGUACAUGUAUUGUAUACACUGUGAAGUGACAGUGUACUCUGGUUUUGAUUUUUUAAAACCUUGCAAACCGGUGCAUGACACUCCUUGGUGGUAUGUGGCUGAUUGUUAGAUACAGUAGAAGCACCCAGAAUACAGUCUAUAUAUACCACUGACAGUAAAAAUAUAUAUCCUUAAACCAUGCCCUCCCUAAUUUCUCUCCCUAAUUCUCUAUCUAUCUCUCCUAACUCCUUCCCCCUGCCGCACCCCCAUAAAAAAAAAAAAAAAAAAAAAUGCUUGAUCAUAGGUAAAGUUAAAUAAAUUUCUCAAGUUGACAGUGAGUGUUUGUUUGGCAGGUACUGUCGUAACUUAUUUGAGAGAGACUAAAAAGAAACAAUUGGCGUAGAUUUUUAGGUUGAACGAUUUAUGAUUUUUGAUCAAGAGUUUAACAUGCAAAUGUAAGAAGCAAAUCAAACUUCUAUGCCAAGCUCGAGCAAGAAACACAUUGAUGGUUUAUGGCAAAUAGUAAAAUACCUACGAAGCAACAAUAAUUAAGUAAAAAUAAUCCACAUAAAAUAAAAAUAUAUAUCAUUGGACCUUGCCCUCCCUUUUUACCCUCCCAAAUUCUCUAUCAAUCCCUCUUAGCUCCUUCCCCCCGCCCCACCCCCAUAAAAAAAAAAAAGAAAAAAUGCUUGAUCAUAGGUAUAGUUAAAUACAUUUCUCAAGUUGACAGUGAGUGUUUGUUUGGCAGGUACUGUCGUAACUUAUUUGACAGAGACUACAAAGCAACCAUUGGCGUAGAUUUUGAGGUUGAACGAUUCAUGAUUCUUGAUCAAGAGUUUAACAUGCAAAUGUAAGAAGCACAUCAAAAUUCCGUACCUUGUUGUUGUUGUUGUUGUUCAAGAAAAAAGCAUAUAAUUCUCUUACUUUUUUAAUGUAGCUGUCAUUAUGCAGUAAAGGAUUGUUUUGACACAUUGCUAUGAUCACUUAAUCACUAGGUUCACCAACCAAAUACCUUUUGUGGGGUUUUAUUUUAGGGAUUUCAAUAGGCAAAUAUGAAAAAGGGCUUUAAUUUUGCAGAAUAUUAAAAUUUCAAGAUUUGACAUGCAGAAUCGCAAACUUUCAAAAUCUAACAUGCAGGAUUAUUUAUAGAUUUAACAUACAGAAUAUUGAAAUUUCAAGAUUUGAUAUGCAUUGAUAUCUUGAAAUUUCACAAUUAUGCAGGACAUUGAAAUUUGAAGAUUUGUCAUGAAGAAUAAUAUUAUAUUGAAAUUUCAACAUAAUUUUUAGUAGUCGUAGCAACCAAACAAUCAUACACUAUUUAUGGAAACCAACCUUAAGUUAAACGGAAUGCACAAAUUCAAAUGCAAGCACUGUGGCUGUUUAUAUAAAAUACACUUUGAAUCAUACAGUUAGAGUUAUGUAGCAAAUCACAUAUUGUUUGGUUUUGGUGAAAUGUAAUGAUAUGAGCAUCACUGCAUGUUGCAGUUGGGAUACAGCUGGGCAAGAAAGAUUCAAGUGCAUGGCAGCAUCUUAUUACAGAGGUGCUCAUGGUAUGUUAUAUAAAUAGAAAACUGAGCAGUUCAAGAAUUCAGCUGGUCUGAACACAUUAGGGGAGCUUUAGGAAAGACGUUUUUGAGAGACACAUGUCAACCAGAAGUCACCUUCCCCCGCCUUUUAAUAUCCCUUGAGGCUACCAAUUUUUUAUUACUCGGUUUGUUUCUCCUUCAUAGAGACUAUCUGCUGGAAAAUUUAGGCAAAACCACCGCCAAAGAAUGCAAAAACUGCACUUCCAGUUGACAUGUGUCACUCACAAACGUCUUUGCUACCCUAUACUAGAGUAAACUCCCCAAAUCCCCCCUAUCCUAGAAUAGCUGUUUUCCAGAAACUACUGAGGUCACCAGCACAGUAGUCUAGCCAAAACAAAACCUUAUACCACAAUCCCGAGUCUAAAUAAGAUCUUCAACCAACAGUGAUCAGUUUCCUGAAAAAUGAUACCCUAUUCCAGACCUAAACGCUCUGAUUUAUAUACCCUAUCCCAGAGUAAACUGCUUGAAAACCAUACCCUUCACAGCGGCACAUACCAAUAUAGCCCAUAUAUGGCAGUCCCCCGCACCCCCGGGUCUUUGCUUAAGCUCUCUAUUGAUUUCAGUCUUCUAAGUCAAGACAAAGUUGUCACUGAGUAGCACCUAGAGCCAGCCUGUCCUCUAAGAGAAAUUGAAGGGAGCACAAGUGUCAUCAAAGAGCUAAUUGGCAAAAAUAAGACAUUCAAGCAAUGGUGAUGCAGUGGUAAAAGCACUCACCUUCCACUAAUGUGGCCCAGGUGCAAAUUCCAUGGUCAAUACCAUGGUUGACUUUGUUGUUGCUUCUCUCCUUUGCUCAAAGAGCUUUUUUUCUCUGGGUUCUCCGGUUUUCCCAUCUCCUCAAAAACCAACAUUUCCUCAUUCCAGCUGUUUGAUCAGGAAUCAGGUAACCAAAGAACUACUGAGAGGAUGUGCUACUUCUAAGUCAUUAUUUAUUUCAAUUAUACAUUUAUUUAUUUAUUUAUUCAUUUCUUUAAUAUUGUUUAUGUAUGUACACUUAUAGUUUUUUCAUUUUCUUGCAGUUAUUGUUUUAGUGUUUGAGCUGACAAACGUCAAGUCCCUCUACAAUACAAAGUAAAGUAAUUCUCUUUGCUCUCUGAUGUUGUUGUAAUUUUGUAAAUUAGCUUACUUUUGUUUUUUUUGUUUAUAAAAGCACGUACAUUAAAGGUCUCCCAACGUUUUCUUGUGUUAUUCAGACAAUGGCUGGAAGAGGCUUUGGAGCAAAACUCAACGACAUUUCCUGAAAUUUUCCUGGUUGGUUCAAAAAAAGAUCUGUGUGUAAGUAUCUUUCUUUCCUUUUUCUUUAAUAUGCUUAUUUAGACAUUCAUAUAAAGGAUAAAGAUGAGGAUCCAAAGCCUUCUUAAAGAUAAUGACUAGAGCCAUUUGCUUUGCUACUGACUCAGAAUCCUGGUUCUUUUUUCAACUGUAGAAAGCCAGUGAUGUUUCUCAGAUGGAGAUGAAGGCUUUAAAAGUGGCGGAAGAGUUAAAUGCUGAAUACUGGAGUGUUUCUGCUAAAUCAGGUGCUUAUAUCUGUUAUUAUUAUACCAAUAAAGCAUGCUCAUAGAGGACUGUUUAACGCAAGGGCGGAGGGUGGGAGGUUAACAUAUACUCUUCAGCAGUGGCAUCGAUAUCCUCUCGUUCCUAGUAUUAUGAAUUCGUUUAGACUUAAGGUAUGUUGAAUGUUGUUAAUAUUAGCCUCAGUUAAGAUAAGAGAAACAGAACUGACGAGGCCAUUUUCGAGUUCCAAAAACGCUCUUUUCAAAAUGAGGCUAAGUCAUGGUUUUAUUCCCCGAUAAACGUUUGAGCAUAUAUUUCAUAUAUUUUUAUACAUUUUAUGCUGCUUUUUCUUCUUUCUCUUGGACGCGAAGAUCAGUUUACUUUUCUUUCUUCUAUUUUUCUUAUUCCGAAAAUCACGAGGACAUGACCGGCGUUGUCAUGGCAAAUGAUUCCUUUUCGGAUCUUCUGUUUUUUGGUAAUGAAGCACGGUAUCAGCAGUAUCCAUAUGAUCUGAGAUCACAAAUCUCUCUUUGUAUUCUCCCCCAAAACGCACCCUAUGAUUGUCGCUAUUUUCACAUUGCAAGAUUUUCUGGCGAUAUUUACAGGACCAAGGUUGACAACACAACUGUGUCGUAUAUUUUUACGUCUGCUACUGGAGACCGGGCCGCCAUUUUACGUGAUCGUCUUAGCCAAGCGAAUUUCGAACCGUUUGCAGAGCAAAGGCAGUAUCUUCAUUCCUCAGUUAUUUUAAGACUCUGAGUAUUGGUACGAACCCGGAAGUCGAACCGUUGACCUCCCCCUCUGCAGUGAAGCGCUCUACCAACUGAGCUAAUCCUACCGCGGUAGAUGGAUGUAGACUGUUUACGUGCAAAUAUAUGUUUUAGAAAACCAGUUAAAAAGCGACGUUUCCAUACCACUAACGGAAAAUAAGAACACGACCAAAAUAAUUUUCCGAUACUUGUUUUCCUCAAGAAGUAUCCGAUUUUUUUUUCGCAAAUUCGGCUCAAGGCAUUACCUGCACCCACCCUUUGAAACCGUUAUCACGAAGCAGGAAUGCGUGAUUAAAGACGGUGACGGUAUUUACCUCUUUAAGGCCCAAUAUCCACAUGCAAAUUCUCCAGGCCGACCUCCUUACACUUCCUUAAAGAAUAAGUUGAGAGAAUUUAAUAAACGACGAAAGCAUUUUCCCUUGGGUGAUCAUUCUGUCAAUUCUGACAGCGUUUGCUCUUGAUGAUAUUUGUAUUUUUGUAUUUUAUUUUUACUCCAUCCUAUAAUACAUUAGUUGUACAAUAAUACAAUAGUUGUACAAUAUCAAUAAUACAUUAGCUGUACAAUAUAAAUUGGUACAAAGUUGCUUAAACUACGUGUACAUAAUAAUAAUAAUAAUAAUAAUAAUAAUAAUAAUAAUAAUAAUAAUAAUAAUAAUAAAAGAAGAAAAUUAGAAUGGAGAAGGGCACAUUAUAGUAAAACUAAUCAUGGCCCUUUAACAAGAUUGACUUUAUUCUUUUGUAGUUUUGUUAUUCAUGAUAUGAUGAUAUGUGGAUAUUGUAUGGAGAAAAUUGACGUUGGUCAUGGACUUAAAGGGUUGUAAUAUGCUCGUAGGUGAAAAUGUGAAGGAGUUUUUUCGUCGUGUGGCAGCAAUAACAUUUGAGCAGGCGAUUCUGCGAGAGCUUGAGUCCCAGGAUGCGAGAACAGGCAAACUGCAAAUCGGGUCAGGAGGUGUUCUAAGUAAGUAGUAUAAGUAUCUAUCUAACUGUGAGCAGUAUGGCCUUUUCAUUUACAUAUUUCUUUGCCUUGGGAGAACAGGAACAAAGUCAGUGCAGCGCAAUAUACUUGCUACACAAUUAUACAGUGGGAGGCAAGGUGGCACUAUGAUAAGUGCGCUGGUCUCGGGAUCGAGAGGUCUGGGUCGAGCUGCGCAUUACAUUAUACCCUCUAAGUGUCCGACUCCAGCCAGAUGAUGUAUGAAUGUAUAAUUGGGUGCUGGCAAAUUUGGUGCUACGAUCUGUGAGCAUCCCGUCCAGGGGGGAGUAGAACUAUUCCUAUUCCCUUAAUGCCGUGGAAAGCGGGUUAGCUUAAGUUCUGGCCGUGAUGGACUACUUGGCCUGAAACCAGACCUUUUUUACCUUACAACAAAUUAACAUUGCCUUGCUUUCGGCCUUAGAGUUCGUAAGUGAAAGCAAGCUGUGUGCAAGCAGUCUGUUUGCGAGAAUUGUUUUGUGGUUACUGUGUAAGUUACGCCUUAUGCCCUUUUAAAACCUCUCACUAUUAUAAGUGCAGCAAAUAUAUUUGACGAAGGGACGGGGCUAUUUCAUUGUAGGAGUUGAGAAGAAAAAGAAAGAAGAAGAAAAGCCGCAAAAAUCAAAAUGCUGUUCUGGGGGUCGUGGACUUUAGCCUCGAAAGGCAUGCGCAACUGAUAUCAACACAGCUGGUCUGUGAUAUUGAGGGCGCAUGCGCGUGUUAACCCAGAAGUGAUUGGUGAUCAUGAACGAUACACAAUUCUGCGAUGAAAACUAAAAACUACAAAGAAGAAAUUUACAACAGCGCUACCAGCUAUGAUCUCAGCAUCUAAUUGCUAUAAUUAUCGCUUCUACGUUCUUGCAAAUGCGCAGUGAUGUUGUAACUGCGCUCGGAAUGUGCGUAUGACAGCUCAUUUGCCACUGAUGCUUUACAAACGAAUACACAGACUCGCAAUAAAUGGAG